AUGCUUUUACAUGCUUCAUUAGCUUACACUUAUCGUUCAACGGAUUCACUGACUGUAUGGAAACCGACAACAACAACAGCAACACCAACACCACCAACAAUCUUCGAUAGUGAACAAAUUUCAAACAAAAUUGAAACAUUGAAACAUACUAAACAAACUGAUUUAGUGUUGAAAUUAUAUUUACAAAGAAGAAGUUUUUUCUAUAUAUGGAAUAUUGUUGUACCGUGUAUUCUACUCACCAUGUUAACACUGGUCACUUUUUGGACACCAGUUGUUUCAGGUGAAAAAGUUACCCUUGAUUCUGAACGUGUACCACCGACAGCGAAAAGUAUUCCACUUAUAGGUGUGUAUAUGACUUCAGUAAUGACAUUAACAGUUGGAUCAGUUGUUGCCUGUGUGAUUGUUAUAAAUUUGGAUUCAAGAGGUGAAAAGUUAACACGUGCACCGAAGUUUCUACGUCGUCUCAUGCAAACUCGCAUAAUUCGCUUGUUUUACAAAGAUGAUAAUAUCAACAAAUCUGCUGUUGUAUCUUCUAUAAUUGAAAAACUUUCUAUGUCCACUGCUACUAGUCAAGAGAAUAAAUUAGCAAAAAUUAAUGGUCAAAUUUCAGCACUUUGUGAAUUGAAUCAACUUCUUACUAAAAAUGAACAGUUGACUAAAGAAAUUCAAUCUAUCUAUCAAGAUUAUUUGUGUGUCUCAAGCUUUAUCAUCAAUGGAUCGAAUCAGUUGAAGAAAAAAACAUCACCAUUACAUUCAUUAGAUUCAAUUUACAAUGAUCAAGAUGUUCUUGUUGAAGAGGCAAUGAAUCACCGCAUCCCUUCACCUCAAACCAUAUCAGCUUCACUCCUUGAAUCAUCAUUUCUAACGUCAUCACAAAGAGAUGUCAAUAAAUUACAGAACUAUCUACCAUUGUCUAUAAUACGUGAUUCUACGGAGCUACUGAGUACAGAUAUCGAUGUACACAGAGACAUACCAGUUACUCCUUCUGGUAUUAAUUAUUCUAAAACUAUUACUUCUAGUAAUAAUGAUGAAGAAAAUAAUCAUAAUGAUAAAAUUGAAAAACUUUCUAUGUCCACUGCUACUAGUCAAGAGAAUAAAUUAGCAAAAAUUAAUGGUCAAAUUUCAGCACUUUGUGAAUUGAAUCAACUUCUUACUAAAAAUGAACAGUUGACUAAAGAAAUUCAAUCUAUCUAUCAAGAUUAUUUGUGUGUCUCAAGCUUUAUCAUCAAUGGAUCGAAUCAGUUGAAGAAAAAAACAUCACCAUUACAUUCAUUAGAUUCAAUUUACAAUGAUCAAGAUGUUCUUGUUGAAGAGGCAAUGAAUCACCGCAUCCCUUCACCUCAAACCAUAUCAGCUUCACUCCUUGAAUCAUCAUUUCUAACGUCAUCACAAAGAGAUGUCAAUAAAUUACAGAACUAUCUACCAUUGUCUAUAAUACGUGAUUCUACGGAGCUACUGAGUACAGAUAUCGAUGUACACAGAGACAUACCAGUUACUCCUUCUGGUAUUAAUUAUUCUAAAACUAUUACUUCUAGUAAUAAUGAUGAAGAAAAUAAUCAUAAUGAUAAAGUAAGAGAUCAAAAAAGGUGA